CGCAGACCAAGCAGCAAAGCGGGGGAGAGAGACAGAGCGGGCACGCGCGCGCACUAAGCCCAACAAGAGACCGUCAUUAUUGAGCGAGCCGAGUUAAGAGAAGCGGGGAGAGAUCAUCAUUCAUUCAUUCAUAGCCACAUAUUCAAACAGGAGGGGACACAGCGACCAGAGUGAAAGUGGGGGAGACAGCACAGACAGAGAGAGAGAGAGCUUGAACCCUACGGCAAGGGAGAGAGAGAGAGAGAACGUCAGCAAGCAAGGGGGAAUCGCAUGUUUAUCCAGGCAGGAAAGAGAGGGCAUUAAAGCACGCAGAGCAGAGAGAAGAGGGGGGGGUGAGGCGUACGCACAGAGGCUGGGGGAGAGAAGCAGAGAGACAGAGAGCGGGAGCUUUUUUUAUGUUCUGGUAGUGGGGGGCAUCCCGAGAUUAUUAACGCACGGGGUGGGGGGGGGGGACAUUCGCGUACAGAUGGAGAGAGACGGCAGAGUCGGAUGAUAGAGAGAGAGAGAGCACAUUCCAUAUUACAGGGCAGUCGGGGUGAGUGGACACUGCAGAGGCAGCGGGUGGGAGGGUUGGGGAGAGAGAGAGAGAGAGCCUUGAGUUUAAAUCCGGCGGAUAGACAACAUUGAAGUGGAGGAGAGAGAGAGAGAGACAGGAGAGACAUUAACGGCGAGAUUGAUCAUUAAUUUUGCCGUGUCUAGCUAGGGCAGCGGCGGUGAAUCGGACAGUGAAUGAAUAUUAAGGGUAUGUGGGAGGCGAGAAGAGAGAGCGAUCGAUACGCACGGACCGCUGGUCACACAGAGGAGGGGUGGAGAGAGUGAAUAGCGGGGUAAAGAGAGCAGAUGAGAGAGGAGAGGUGGGCAGGGUGGCUACUACAUAUGCGGAGGUAAAGAGGAGUCGUUGACGUUCGAGGAGGAGGAGGAGGGAGAUCGAGCCAGGUGAGAGGCGUCUGGCGCUGUGAGCGACUCCACGAGGAGCCGCCGACCUCGUCCCAGCGGGGUGCGAGUCCGGGAUAGCGCUCACGGUGAGGUGCCACAAUGCCCAUCCUGGCCGGCUGAGGAAGGGCUUGGGGGGCGGGGGGGUCACCUCUGUGACGUGGGCAGGGGGUGGCGGUGAGGGGAGGCUCGAGGCUGCGUGAGUGGAGUGAUGGGUGCCAUGAGACGUGCACGCUGCUGGCGGGCCCUUGUAGCCGGCCUCAUUGUGUCGGCCUGCCUGGGCGCCCUCCUCUACUCUCUGCGGGGCGCACGACCUCCCUGGAUGCUCCCGGCACAGCUGCGGUGGCUGACGACCCCAGCACACGAGCAGGAGAGUCCCCACACCUCCGACGGUCUUGACCAUGGGGCCGGAGGAUGCGGGGACUGGACAGGCAGGGCGCCGCAUUGUAUCCAGGAGCCCCCAGGUGUCGAUGGCUUUGACGAGCAGGCGUACCUGGACGGGGGACGCUGGCGGGAGGGCGUGGAUGGGGACGACCCCUACCGCAGGUUCGCCUUCAACCAGCGCGCCAGCGACGGCCUGUCCAGCACCCGCGCCCUGCGCGACGCACGCCACUACCGAUGCUCAACCAUCCACUAUGACCAGGACCUCCCCUCCACCAGCAUCAUCAUCACGUUCCACAACGAAGCACGCUCAGCUCUGCUCCGGACCCUGCGCAGCGUUCUGGGACGCACGCCGCUCGACCUCAUCCAGGAGAUCAUCCUCGUGGACGACUUUAGUGACGAUCCCGCGGACUGUGAGCUGCUGAGUUCGCUGCCCAAGGUGGUGUGUCUACGGAACUCACAGAGGGAGGGGUUGAUCCGGUCUCGUGUGCGAGGUGCGGACGCUGCUCACGCGCCCGUGCUCACGUUUCUCGACAGCCACUGCGAGGCCAACACGGCCUGGCUGCAGCCUCUCCUGCAGCGCCUUCACAGAGAACCCACCAGGGUGGUGAGCCCCAUCAUAGACGUCAUCAGCAUGGACACCUUCAACUAUGUCCCAGCCUCAUCCGACCUGCGUGGCGGGUUCGACUGGAGCCUGCACUUUAAAUGGGAGCACCUUUCUCCAGAGCAGUCUGCCAAGAGGGAGGACCCCACACAGCCCAUACGGACGCCUGUGAUUGCCGGGGGGUUGUUCGCCAUCCACCGCUCCUGGUUUGAGGAACUGGGAAAAUACGACACAGCCAUGGACAUCUGGGGUGGAGAGAACCUGGAGAUCUCCUUCCGCGUGUGGCAGUGCGGCGGGUCGCUGGAGAUCAUCCCGUGCAGCCGCGUGGGCCACGUCUUCCGCAAGCGCCACCCCUACACGUUCCCCGAGGGCAACGCCAACACCUACAUCAAGAACACGCGGCGCACGGCCGAGGUGUGGAUGGACGAGUUCAAGAAGUUCUACUACGAGGCUCGCCCCGCCGCAAAGUACAAGCCGUACGGCGACAUCCAGGGCCGUGUGGACCUGCGCACGCGUCUGCAGUGCAAGCCCUUCCGCUGGUACCUGGACAAUGUUUAUCCAGAGCUCAAGACUCCCGUGGAGGUGCAGGCAGUGACCGGGGUGCUACGUCAGGGUGACCGUUGCCUGGAAACCAUCGCCACGACGAUGGCAGAGAGACAGCCUGCCGUGGCAAUGGGCCACUGCAUCGGGCAGAAGGACGUCUCGGCUGUCACACAGGAGUGGACCCUGACCCCAUCGCACCUGGUCCGCCAGCAGCAGCGCUGCUUGGCGCUCGUGUCUCCAGCCCCGGGUGGCCCCGUCUCUCUCACCCUCCUGCCCUGCAACCGUGGCGAUGGCAAGCAGCGCUGGCAUCGCCGGGGACGGCUGAUUCGUCACAUGGCCUCCCGCCUCUGCCUGGACGCCACGGGGACGGACGUCUCCGUGGCCACGUGCCAGCACGACUCCUCCGCUCAGCAGUGGGAGCUGCAGCCCAGCGAGCGAUAGAGGCGGCCUGGCCUACAGGAUGGCCACUGCUCCUACAGGCUGCUUCCUUCAACACCUCUGGCUCUUCACUCUGACUCCCCCCUGCCCCCUGAACUCUGACCGUUCGAUACCUCAAUCCUUGACCUGUUAAUCUCACCGCUCACCUCUCGUGUCAUCCCCGAAUCCUCACCUCCUGACACCUCACUCCCAGACCUCCCACCUCUCGACUCCAUACCCCUACAGCUCUCCAUCUCUAGAUGCCUCACUCCUUGCCUGUCACCUCUUGACACUUCAUUCCCUGACCUGUCACUUCUUUACUCCUCACUCGCUGACCUCGCACUCGCUAACCUUCUGAACCUUUAAUCUUGUAAAUUUUUCUAUGACCUCUCACCCUGGAUAAUUGACCUCUGACCUUUAUUCUGGAAUCCUCCUCCAUCUAACCCCCCCCCCCCACCCCCGAGUUUCUCUCCCACGAUUGUUCCUUUCACCGUUCGCCUGCGCAUUUCACCGAUUUCCAGCGACAACCCCGAACCCCCCCCGCUCCCCCACUUUUACCCUGACCCCUCACCUCCGAUUCCUCACAUUGCAUCAUCACCCCCCCCCCUCCCCGAGACCCAGAACAUUUUAUAAAUAACUUUUUAGUAUUAUUGUUUACUUGUUCGCAAUAGCGGUCGAGCCGUUUCGUCGUCCGUCGGUGGCUCCCGUCAGGAGACGCGGCCAAGCGCCCGGUGCGUGGUGGCGUCCGGCGUAUUUCAGCCGCUUGGGGGGGGGACACGGAGCUUUGGCCGAUUUUUAGCGAGACGCCGGUUUUUACGUUUCCGCGUUCUUACUCGGCCUCCAAACUCGGACGAGACUGACCGAGCGAGAGGCACGUUACCCCCGCUCAAGUCGACUCGGAAGCCGAGUCGCUGCGACUCUCUCUCUGGCCAGGCGAGCGCGGGAUGAGACCCGUCACCAUGGUGGGGGGAGGGGGGGGGCCCAAAGCGAAUGGCGACGGUUUCCGCGUUCCCGUCGCGGGAGCCAGUUUAUUGUCACGACCACCACUGCGUUGAUGGCCCACAAACAGCAAGUACUCACAUUGUAUUGUGGGUUGGCGUAACAUUACGGGAAUAUCGGUACUGUCUUCUGUAACCUGAUUGCGAAAGCGGGUUAUUCUCGAACAUCGUGUACAGGUAGUCCUCUACUUACGAUGAAGAUGCAUUACGACGACCCCAUCGUAAGUCAAAAAUAUCAUAAGAUGAAGAUGGCCUUAGCUUACCCAGGAGUCUUAAAUAAUGGUGAUAAUUUAUCAAAACAGAGCAAUUUACAGUACCGUACUGUAUAAACUACUGUUUUUAUUAAUUACAAUACUGUAUUGCACAGUAAAAUGUAAAGUAAAAAAACAAGGUAAAUUCUUCACUAAAAUUUGGCUUUUGAAACACAAAAAACACAGAAAAAAAUACAUGCGCUAACACCGAGACAACUUAACUCCGUCGACCGCUGGUGAGAGUGAGGCAUCACCACACAAGGCGGGAGACGCGUACAUCCCGGCAGCGUCCCAACGUACAGGGAUCGUACCUCGUACGCUGCUGCGUUUGCCUGCCGCGCAAAAUUUUAAAUAUUUUACAAUUUUGUCGUAUCGCUAUCGCCAUCGUGAGAUCGAAAUAUCGUAAGUCGGACACUAUCUGUAUAAUGACAUUGGGUGGUUAGCGUGUUUGUGAAGAGGGUAUUGGGACAGUGUUUGGUCCGCAUUCCUUGGCUGCUAAAACCUGUACUGGAAACAUCUCGGGCACAGAAUAAAUCUAACAAUUCUGAUGCUUGUAGUAAAAAUGCACCUUAUGAGGGUACCCUGUAAGAGCUGGCAACUUCCAGAGGUUGUUCCUGAACGAGAUGAUGCAACAGCGAAGCCAAAGUGGUAACCCUGCUCAUACAAGCACCGGGGCCGGUGUUCGUCUCAACCGGUGGACCUAAAGCAGUGGUGGACGAUCCACAUUCAUACGGCAGACGGUCAGAACAUUCGUAAAACAAACCUACUGAUUCUGCCACAGUGGCGCUUCCCUUGGAGGCGCUGCAGAGGUCGUGGCUGGGACGACUUACAAACCAGGAUUUGAACGCGUGAGCUUCUGACCGCGAAGUUGGGCACUCCAGCGCCGUUCGGCCGGACGACGCCGUCUGUCUGUGAAUGUGAAAUGUACGAGGGUUUACCCCCCCUUUGCAUCCGGAGUAAAAAUCCACUCUGGUGCGUAUCUCUUCUCCAGCCAGUCCUGGUGAAAUAACAAAAGGAUUUGCUCCGUGCCCAGACACAAAGAGCACAACGGGGCUGAAAUCGGUGGUUUCAAUGAAAUAAUCUUUAUACCGUCAGUAUAUUAUGGUACGACCGUCGGUGUAUCAUGCUGCUUCUGCUCGCCAACUAUUGCUGUGUCCAAUGGAAGAAUAGACGAGACGCGAUUCCUUCCGUGGCGAGUUGGUUUCGCGCCAACGAAAAACGUGCGGUGGCGUGUUGCGCCCGUUAUCACUUUUGUUUUCCGUUUUGUCAAGUUGCGCGUGACAAAGAAAAAAAAACUGGAAGAAUUAAAUGUGACGUCCCGCGGCAAAAUUGCUCGCGAUUUUUCAGAUGUCGCGCUGUACAUAGAUGGUAGCGUACGUUGAAGUUCGCGUGCGGGUUUUCAAAGACGAUAAGAACGGAAACUUUACUCGUAGGCUCAUUUUACGACACUCCAAUUUUACCGACGCCAGUGAUGGGAAAGAAAGGAAACCCUCCUCCAGUUUUAUACCAACAGCACAAUUUUAUACAGACACCAGUUUCGUGGCAUUGCAAUAGAAUUGCGAUGUGAUGACGAUGUUGAUGACGUCGUCGCCAACACUUUAAUAAUAGCGGGCGCAAGAAAAAUGAGGGACAUUCCCUCGAACAGGUGGUGGCUUCGUGGCACCGAGGAAUCGCAAUAACUUUUGGCAAAGCGCUGAUCCAGCUGAUGCAGUUCUCGGGUUCAAAUGCGUCUAAUUCCGCCCCCGUGAUUAAAUUGAGCUCUUAAGUGUAACGAGUUUAACACGCAGGCUUUUCGCGACCAAUAAUACCCAUAAGAGGUUUUUGGGUUAUAAAGUGUGAAUGUAAAUGCGUCGUUAAAGCCGCCACCACCACCAGACUCUAUUGUGGAAGUAAUUGGCUGUGUCGGGUGGUGGCGGGUUGAACGACACAUAGGUACGUGUUCUAACCCAAAAACCUCUAUUGGGGGAGUUGGUAGUCUCGCCAAUGCCUGCGCAAAAACGCCAUCGGGCAGAAUACGUUUGAUUCGUCGAUUGGCUCAGCACACUUCUGACGGCUGAUAUUUAUUUGCGAGAUGACGAUUGACAGGCUCUGAACCGCUCUGUGCACAGAGCAUUAGUGGUUGAGAGGCUUCACCGAAGCGACUCCCAAGCGUAGUUUCCAUGGUGUCGCUAUUUGUCCCCGUGUGCGCAAUUUGGCCAUAAUUGUCGUACACCAAUCGCCAAACUUCGGGCCAUGACCUUGGACAUCAUUGUUUACAUAGCAGAGCCCAGUCACCGUUGACUUAGCUUCAUAAUACCCACGGCUCAUUGAGGGGAGUGGCUCUCUCGCGUGCACGUGCUCGUGCUGGAGACGGGACAGACGGACGAAUGCAACCUGACUGCUCAGCUCAGUCCGUGAGCAUGCCGAUGCUGGUACGACGACUACGUACAGCCCCAGAUUCCCGUCAGCAUUACCCACCACCCCCCCCCCCCCCCCAGGCUACUGAGUGAUCCGAGUGCAGGGGGGGGGGGGGCUCCCCACCCAUUCUACGCGGCCGUUUGGGAACAAAAAACUGUCGAGACGAAUUUGGUGCAAAAUGACUUCAAACGGCAUUUUGGUAAAUGCAUUUUUGUGUUCAAUGAAAUCACGGAUGAAUCGGGAGGCCAGUGUUUCGCGAACCGAGAGGGCAGAGCCUCUCCUGAACCCGGGGUCAAUUGGUCCAAUUCACGUGCAAGUGAAUGGUCCCCCUUUUCCUUCCAAUUUUUCACAAGCAGAGUUAAGUCUCCAAUUGAAAAGGUGGAGCAAAAAUCACCCGAGGAUUUUGUUGUUUUUUUUUCCCUUUCGUGAAGAUGAGAUUUUUUUCUCCCAUCUUUACUGAACCCACAGCAGGACCGUCUCUACCGCAGUAGAAUGGAGGGUUGUCCACCCCGACUGACAUGGCCGCAGUGGAGAGCAGUCGGCCUCUACUUCACCGACAACAUAAACAGCUCUCGCGUGUCUGCCACUAUGCGAAGCGAUUUGAACUCCUCAUUAGCAAUCCCAAAGGCUUUUUGUUACACAGGUUGUAAAGGUUGAAAUAGAAUCCAAAGUUAUCCAGUGGCAUACGCAGGCUUGUGUGUGCGCGUGCAGACACCAGCUACGAGGCAUUUGCCACGUGGUCGGAUGUACAAGGGCUGUGAUGAUCGUGGGUAAUGUUGCGCCGCGGUGUGUGACCAAGAUUAAACGACCUCUUGAUUGUGGUGUACGUGACGAAGCUUUGGCAAGAAUCUGGGUUUUUUUUUCGUGUUACGGAUGGCCGUGCUUGCGGGGGUACCGUCACAGGUCACGUGUUCGUCACAGCCAUCGCCGCCAUCCAGUAAUUUUCUCCCAAUUUCCAUUCACACACUUUUGCAAUUGUUGCACAUUGUUCCGUGCAUUCUUUUAAUUGGCAUUUUCAUUAGUUUUUGUUCAAUCGAUUUUUUUUUCAGGUUAAUGUUAAGAUUGUAAAAAUGUUUGCGUUUGUUACCUUCCACCCACCUAACAAAUCCUAAUUCGAGUCUCCUAAAGUAAAAAAAAAUGUAUAUACUAAAAUCUUUCUACCUCCAAAAAAUAUUCACAUUCUAGAAUUCUGAAAUCCUGGAUCUGCACAAAUAUCUCGUCUCAUCUUUAAAAAAAAUGGUAGCUGGCGCAGAAUUACCGACCCACUUGCUUGACCUAUAUUCACCAUACAAAAUAUCUUGGAUCGCAUCAUCCGUUGCCACGUUGUCAGAGCUGCUCCAUUGUGGAAUCAUCUCCCAGACUCGAGAAUGUCUCUAGUCUGAGAUUAAAGUUCAUUAAAAGCGUUGCAACGCCACCAACAA